AUUUCUGAGUCUUCUCUUUUCAGAUGCGAGGAAUUGUGGGAAGGUGACGAUGCGCAGAUUUUCGCGGGUUGUUCUGAUAUUGGUGAUUUGUAGCGUGGUUCUGCUCACGUGGAAAUGGGGUUUCGCGCGCAAAAUGAAAGCUGAUGCAAUAUUUGAGAUUUCAGCAAUGCUUUUGAAGUCUCAAGGAAGCAGGAACUUGAGUAAUCCGGACACGACCGAUUAUUCACAGAAUGGUCAAAGUGCGGUCAUCGACACGCUUCUAGGAAAAAAGGUGUGGAUUUUCUUUGAG